CCGCGCUUUCUUCAAUUCCGCCGUACCAAAACCUAAAUUCCCAAAUUGACGUUGAAGAAGGAAGAAAUUCUCUGAAUUCUCAGCAAUGGCAGUCUCGACAUCCUCGACGCCGCUGCUGAAGGAUGAGCUCGACAUAGUGAUUCCGACGAUCAGGAACUUGGACUUUUUGGAGAUGUGGCGGCCGUUCUUCCAGCCGUAUCACCUCAUCAUAGUGCAGGACGGCGAUCCGUCGAAGACGAUCAAGGUGCCUGAGGGAUUUGAUUACGAGUUGUACAAUAGGAACGACAUUAACAGGAUUUUAGGUCCCAAGGCCAACUGCAUUUCCUUCAAGGACUCUGCUUGCCGCUGCUUUGGCUACAUGGUUUCGAAGAAGAAGUACAUCUACACUAUUGACGAUGAUUGCUUUGUUGCGAAAGAUCCAUCCGGCAAAGAAAUCAAUGCUCUCCAGCAGCACAUUAAGAACCUCCUGUCCCCAUCCACUCCGUAUUUCUUCAACACCCUUUACGACCCGUAUUGUGAAGGCACCGACUUUGUUCGUGGAUACCCCUUCAGCCUCCGUGGGGGCGUCCCGACUGCUGUCUCGCAUGGCCUCUGGCUCAACAUUCCCGACUACGAUGCUCCAACUCAACUCGUCAAACCUCGUGAGAGGAACACAAGGUACGUCGACGCAGUAAUGACGAUCCCAAAGGGAACUCUUUUCCCAAUGUGUGGAAUGAAUCUCGCUUUCAACCGCGAGCUAAUCGGUCCGGCCAUGUACUUCGGUCUAAUGGGCGACGGCCAGCCAAUCGGUCGAUACGACGACAUGUGGGCGGGGUGGUGCGUCAAGGUGAUCUGCGACCACUUGGGGCUCGGCGUCAAAACAGGGCUGCCGUACAUUUGGCACAGCAAAGCGAGCAACCCGUUCGUAAACCUGAAGAAGGAAUACAAAGGCAUAUACUGGCAAGAAGAGCUGAUCCCGUUCUUCCAAUCGGUAACUCUCCCGAAGGACUGCGACACCAUCCAGAAAUGCUACGUCGAGCUCUCCAAGCAAGUCAAGGCCAAGCUCGGCAAGGUCGACGAAUACUUCGUCAAGCUUGGGGAUGCCAUGGUUACGUGGAUCGAGGCGUGGGACGAGCUCAACCCCUCGAAUGGCAGCACCGCCGCUGACGCCGCCGGCGCCGCCAAGUAGGGAGGUAAGAAGGAAGGUAAUUUAUUGCAACGGUUUAUAUAUAUAUAGUUAUUUGGGAAGAUGAGGAUGGAUGAGAUUUAAAAUUUGUUUUUGGGAUCUUAGAUUUAUUUGUUGUCUCAUUAUGUGAGUUGGAAACUUAUUAUUAUUAUUAUUAUUAUUAUUGUUAUUAUGGUCUUUCAUAGUA